AUGGUCAGAAGGUCAAAAAGGAAGAGGGUUGAAGUCGAAGUCGAAGUUGAGGAAGGAGAAGUCUCAAAAUAUUUCAAAAAGGAAGAGACCAGCCAACUUCCGGAAUUCUCGUCUCGUGAUGAACUUGAUGAGGUCGACAUCGACAUGGUUAAAGCCAUGAACGCUGAUAUUUAUUAUGAUUGGGUAAACGCUCGGACUAAAGAUGAUAUUGGAGCAAUCGAAAUAAUUGAUAGGCCCACUUUUCCCCGAAAUUUUGCCUCAAUAUAUCCCAAGGUUAGAUUGAUGAGAUCGAAAAUUGCUACUCCUGUGGAUACGGUGGGCUGCGCAUCCUUACCAAUCACCGUUAGUAAAGAAUUUGGAAUUUCAAGGAAUGAUAUUACCCCAAAAAACUACAGAUUUCAACUACUUAUUGCAUUAAUGCUUUCAUCACAGACAAGAGAUGAGGCAAACGCGAAAGCUAUUCACAAUUUGAUGGAAUACUGUAUUGAAGAACUUAAAAAUCCUGAAGGUAUCACUUUAGAUUGCAUGUUUCAGAUUGAAGAACCUGUACUGGCAAAGCUGAUUUAUCCUGUGAGUUUUUAUACUCGGAAAGCGAUGUAUAUCAAGAAAAGUAUACAGCGUUUGGUAGAUGAUUUCGACAGUGAUGUUCCCACCACAAUAGAGGGGUAUCUUUCGCUUACCGGGGUUGGUCCUAAAAUGGGAUAUUUGGCAUUACAGAAAGCUUGGGGCAAAGUGGAUGGAAUAGGCGUGGAUGUCCAUGUUGAUAGGUUAUGUAAAAUGUGGAGAUGGGUCGAUCCUGCUAAGGCGAAGACCCCGGAGCACACUCGGAAGUUGCUUCAAGAAUGGUUACCCAGGGAAUUUUGGUAUGAGAUAAACCCUAUUCUCGUUGGUUUUGGACAAGUGAUUUGUUUGCCAAGAGGCAAGAGGUGUGACUUGUGCAUGGUUAAUAAUAUAUGCAAUGCCGUUGAUCCAAAAAAGGUCAAUCAAAAAUCUAGCUCUCAAAAUGCACUUAGGAAGGGUCGCGGAAAUUAUGCUGAGUGGAUUGAUUAUUUCAAGCAAACUACCGAAGGCAGUGAUAUUUCUAUAGAAAGCGAUAGAAAGGUGACUCGCAAAGAGCUAUAA